AUGGAUGGAUGGAGGUUCUGGUUGUCUGGUCCAGGUAUGUUCCAGUGUACUUUGACAGGACUGGUAUUAGUUAUGAGUCAGGAGGCAGAGCUCCUGUACAGAACUAUCCAAUGGGGCCAGCUGUCUGUCGUCCACAUCACUGACGACGGCAUGAGUAUCCUCGAGCCGCUGGAGAUCACAGGCACUCACGUGACUGUCAAAGUCCCCCAUCUCUCUGCCUUUGGCCUGGUCUGGGAUUUUUUAAAGAAGUUUUGGAACAACUCAAACCCAAUUUCUGGCCAAAUUGUAUUAUUCCAAAACCUGAACGUGUUACUCCUGCCAAGCAACAUCCCUCUGGAAGAGGUGAGAGUACAGCACAGAGAGGCUAAGUACAUCAAGGUCCCUUCCGUAUGUAACCUCAUCAAGGGCCAACAUUACACUGUUAACUGUCCGACAGCCUGUCUAAUACAGCCUGAGAAAGAAGAAUUCAACCCUCAGUUUGGACCAAAUUACUACCCAGCAUUUCAGAUCCGCCUGCCUAUGAACACAGAAGAAGUGACCAUAACGGUACAAGACCAAAUGAAUACUGAAGUCUGGAAGCGCCAAGUUGAUCUGACUGAUAAAGUCUUCACCUGCAGAAUCAUGGCACCUGAUGGUGGAAAGUCUAUGAUCAUCGACCACAUGAUCAAAUGUCCCUUCUGGAUGCAAUGGAGGCUGGCUGCAGAGACAUCUCAGCUGAAGAUUGCCAGGGGUGGAUAA